CUUUUCUAUUAAUUUAAAAUAAUAAUGUGGAAUUGCUACCGUUCAAUUAAUUUAAUACUUUCCAAGUAGGGCAUUUUGUACAAAUUUGAAUCUUUUUUAUUUUUUCAAUUCUCAUAUAAAACCUCGUGACCUGUCAUAUUAAAACACAAAAUACCAUGACAAAUUGGGACACAGGAAAUGGCACCAUAUAUGAUAUACACCACCACCCGACCACCACCUCUAACGGAGGUAGGAAUGUGCUGCCAUGGCCGCAGACACCGCCAUCCCCAUCGUAUCACCACCGAUCUAGAAAUUGAAGAAAAGAAAAUAAGAAGAGCCCAUAUAAUAAGAAAGAAAGUCAAUUUCUUGUUGUGUAAAUAAAGGGUAUGAGGUUUUUUUUCCUUUUCUGCAAGAAAACUUCAAAAAGAGACUUUUUCCACCCACAAUGCCUCCUCGAAAUCGCCACAAAAGCCUGCAAAUACCAGAAAUCCAUGCCGUUAAAAAUGUGCACACUCCCAUGCAAAUAAAAACACUCGGUCUCAUUCCUAGAUAUUCCCUCGUCACCACAUACCCACCGGUCCAACCCCCACCCAUCAUGUCUUGAAUGUUUGUUUCUUCUAAUCUCCAUAUUUCAUCAAGAAUCAAGAACUGGACGUCAUCUUCUCCAUGAACUUUGCCUACCCGCUCUCUCUCCCUCCUUAUUUCUUCCGGGAAUCAAGACCCAAGACAACAACAGUCUUGAAUUUACCCUGCGUACAUCUGAAAAAAUGGCGAUAUCGAUGCCCAGUAUCUUGAAAGAAAGGAAAUACCCAUUUAUCUUCAUCUUCUUCCUUUUACUAGUCUUCGUCACUUUCCUCCUCGUCUCCGAUUCCCAGUCCCCCAUUCUAAUUGCUACCAGUAAUCUUCUUCGACCCCAAACCUUUUCAUCCAACCCCUCAAGUUCCUCUGAGAGUAGCAACCCAUUGUCCUCCGACCUCAAGAAUCCUUCGGCUUCUAACCCUUCGAUUGACAGUAGCAUCCCGUUUUCAUCCGAUCCAAGAACUUCCUCUGACAGUGGCACGCCAUUGUCCUCCGACCCGGACAAUCCUCCCACUUCCAACGCUACGAGUGACAGUAGUAUUCCGUUUUCAUCUGACCCAAAAAGUUCCUCCGAGAGUAGCACGCCGCUGUCCUCCGACCCAGGCGAUCCCCCCACUUCCAACGCUACGAGUGACAGUAGCAUCCCGUUUUCAUCCGACCCCGAAAGUUUCUCUGAGAGUAGCGCCCCAUUGUCCUCCCCCGACUCGAAAAAUCCUCCGGCUUCCAACGCUACGGGUGACGGUAGCAUCCCGUUUUCAUCCGACCCCCCAAACCCGUUUGUUUCCAACUCUUCGUCCGAAAGUACUGUCCCGUUCUCCAAGGACCCGAAAAGUCCCGAGGCUUCGUUGCAGCCCGAAAUUAGUAGCAGUCCCGUUGGAAACGCUUCGCUCGGCAGAGGCAUUUCGUCGAGCAAUGACUCUGCAACUACCAAUAUCAGUAGCAACCCAAGUACUGGUACGGUGGACAACGCUAAUCCGGCCGCGGGGGCGGGUGCUAAUUACAAUGAGGUAGCGGAUAUAGAGUGGGAGGCGUGUAAGGGAGAGGUGGCGGUGGAUUAUAUACCGUGCUUGGACAACUGGAAAGCGAUAAAAGCAUUGAGGUCCCGUAGGCAUAUGGAGCACAGGGAGAGGCAUUGCCCCGACCCGAGUCCGAGAUGUUUGGUUCCUCUGCCUGAGGGGUACAAGAUCCCGGUCCUGUGGCCGAAGAGCAGGGACAUGAUAUGGUACAACAAUGUCCCUCAUCCUAAGCUUGUGGAAUAUAAGAAGGAUCAGCGUUGGGUGAUGAAAAAAGGUGAAUACUUUUAUUUUCCUGGUGGAGGCACACAGUUCAGGAAUGGAGUCAAUUUUUACAUCAACUCUAUUGAAAAGACUUUACCAGGAAUUGAAUGGGGUAAAAAAACAAGGGUGAUAUUAGACGUUGGCUGCGGCGUUGCUAGCUUUGGUGGUGCUUUGCUGGGCAGAAACAUCAUUACCAUGUCGUUGGCCCCAAAAGAUGAACAUGAAGCUCAAAUCCAGUUAGGCUUCCCUUUCCAGACAAUUCUUUUGAUCUGAUUCACUGUGCAAGGUGCAGGGUGCACUGGAACGCUGAUGGUGGAAAACCAAUGUUGGAACUGAACAGAAUUCUUAGGCCUGGAGGGUAUUUCAUAUGGUCGGCCACACCGGUGUAUAAGAAGGAUGAUUGGCAUAAGAAAAUCUGGAGAUCUAUAGUAGCUCUGACAGAAACCAUUUGCUGGACCCAAGUGACAAGGUCGUUCUUCCGUUCUUCCCACAUCGGCGUAGCUAUUUUCCAAAAGCCAGUGUCGCCUUCCUGUUAUCAUACUCGCAAGGAGAAUAAGCCACCUCUCUGUGAUAUGUCCAGUCGGCCAAACAAUUCAUGGUAUGUGCCUCUGGACAGUUGCCUCGUCCCACUGCAAGAUGACGCCCCCAAAUGGCCCUCGGCUUGGCCAGAAAGGCUGACCGAUAAACCUCCAAGACUCCCUUCUGAACCAGAUGGGGAAGAAAUGUACAAAGGGGACACCAGACACUGGUCUGCACUUGUCUCAGAAGUUUAUCUUGGAGGUCUUGGUGUUAAUUGGUCAAGUGUGAGGAAUGUCUUGGAUAUGAAUGCAGGUUAUGGAGGGUUUGCCGCUGCGCUCAUUAAUGUACCGGUUUGGGUGAUGAACGUUGUUCCCGUUCCUGUUCAGGAACCAGAUGCUUUGCCCGUCAUAUACGACAGAGGAUUGAUCGGAAUUUACCAUGAUUGGUGUGAAUCUUUUAACACGUACCCUCGAACGUAUGAUCUUCUACAUGCCAGUUCCCUCUUUGGAAAAUUGACUAAGAGGUGUGAUGUAAUAGAAGUAGCAGCAGAGAUGGACCGGAUACUGAGGCCUGGUGGAUAUUUGGUGGUUCAGGACAGCACGGAAGUACUAACAGAGGUUUCCCCAAUCCUCAGAUCCCUUCACUGGUCAGUCAAUGUAUAUCAAGAUCAGUUUCUUGUUGGCAAGAAAGACUUUUGGCGCCCAGCAUGAUUUUGAUGAUCCUUCAAACACAUUUUUUACACUGUACAAUCUUUACCUUAAAUCUCCCAUUCAUUGUGUAAGAAAAAUGUCUCUUCACAUUGUUUACGAAUAAAACUAGCUAACUCUUUUGGAGAUCACAGUGUUGUCACGUACGAAUUUGUGAUUGUCGAUGGAGGAUUAUGGACUGGAUUGUCGAUUUU